GACCCACGUCGUGCACCUGAAAAUGGUGGGUGAGUCUCCCAGCGGGGGGCUGCUGCAUACACAAGGGCUCGAACUCGAGACCUUGCUUAAGCUGGAACAAGCCGCUUACCACUUGAUCCAACCCGAAUAUCUGCAGUUCUGGACAGACUUGCUAAAUUCUUCAAGUUCCUGUGUUCCACCAGGCUACAGAAUUCUCUGAGUUGCUUCAUGGGUUUUCCAGUAAAUGCAUAUGGCAACCUUAGAAGCAUCUGAUUUUGGAUUAAUUGCACUAUCACAGCACGUCAAGAGUAAUAAUAUUUUGGAAGAUACUUGAAUGGCGUGAAGCUACUUGAAUGGCGUGAAGCUACAAACAGCUUCUGCAAAGUCAAACCCUAAAGGUGAGCAUUGAACACUCUCUCAAGCAUUGCCGGAGUUUGUCAGCUUGAAACCAGGCUAUUUGGCUUCUGACGUGAUGUUUAUUCUCCUCUAGUUUAGAAAGCUGCAUUUUUACAAUUUGUGAGUACUGCAGUAUUUAUAGUGUGGGUGGGAUUAGUUUACUGGACCCAGCAAUGAAACUGGUAUUAACAUAUUUAAUUUUUAGACAAUCAACCCUUCAGGCCAUGCUAUUUCUUGGGAAAUAUUUAGCUAAUGGUUGCACAAAUAAAGUAUCGACCGAAAUUAAGGCUUAAAGUAUUAUCUUCUAAAAAAUUAGGUUAAACCUCUAUUUUGGUCCUUGAACUAUUAUACGGACUCCCGAUUUGAUCCUUGAACUAUUAUACGGAUCCCUGAUUUGGUCCUUGAACUAAAGAAAUCCCUAAUUUGGUCCUUUAAUUAUUGUACGGACCCCUGAUGGGGACCAAAUUGGAGGUCUGUACAAUAGUUUAGGGACCCAAUCAGGGAUUUCUUUAGUUCAAGGACCAAACCAGGGGUCUGUGCAAUAGUUCAGGGACCAAAAUGAGGAUUUAACCAAAAAAUUAUGUAGUGAUGUGAAAGAAACACUUUCCUGACUUUUCUUUCAACUGCUAAUGCCUUCAUUUUGCUCACUGAUCAAUGUCAAAUAGAUUUUUUGGUCUAAGUAGUUGUUACAUGCUAAAUUUUUUGUGCUUAUAUUUUGAAAGCAGGGUUCUUAUUAUCAUUUUGGAAACUUUGGCGGAUUUGCCUGAGAUACCUUUAUUUUAUUUUUAACUCUACACAACCUCUGUGCUACACUAAAAUGCACUUCCCCCCCGUCUGCUGUUAUUUUCUACUUGGCUGUGAUCAAUGCAGGAUAUCGUAUUUCUGGAACUCAUGUUAAUCCGAUAGGCAAAAGUCAGAUGCUCCCAGAGAUGUAAUUUGGGACAUAUUGCGUUGUUGGGUGAGGACUUAAUUUGGUUAUUUAUAUAUCUUUCAUAUUUGUCAGCUGCUCAUAUUAAAAUAUCAUUUGCAACGUUAGUUCAUAGACAUGCAAGCUGAUUUCUUCACACCCAACAUCAUUUGCCUCUUUUUCUUGCCUUUCGGUUUAAGAUUUGCUUUUAAAUCUCGCAAACCUGCUGUUUGUAACUAAACUCACAAAAGCCAUUCUUAGCUUUAGUAGAAUCUACAUGGUAGGAGACGGCUUCAUUUUCAAUCUAUCACGUUUAGCUUUCUGGUUUAGAGGGUUUCGUGGGAAGAAGUGGCAGAUGGCCAUUUAUCUAGCCAUUGUGUCACAUGACGGCUAUAUCUGGACGCUAGCUUAAUUUGUGGUUAUGCCAAGUUGUGUUUUGCUAAGGUAGUUAAUUUGUUUUUCUGAAGAAAAGAUUUGCUCAAUAGAAAGACAUUUUCUUUUCUGUUCAGUUCUUACUUUCUCUUUUCAUUUAGUACUAUUUGUAUUACAUGAUAGGUUUUUUCUCACCUUGAGUUUGUGGCAUUCAUUUCCCUUUUUCUUUCUCCUCUGCGUGUUGCCUGUCUCAAAAUGAAUAACCUUUGAAAUG